UUCAGUUGAAUUACAAAUUAUUGAUAAAUUCGAACACGACUAUGAUCCAAAAAACGCGAUAUGGUGGUAUACACGUGAGUGUUUUACUUACAAAAUGCUCAAUCAAGCACUUCGAAUUAUGGAUGCCGACAUAAUCAUUAAUAUGGGCUUCUUUCUGCGUGAUGUACAUCAACAAAUUCAACAGCUGCAUGAACAACAAGUCAGUAGUUAUGGACGAAAAUCUUUUAUAGUUUAUCGAGGACAAGGUCUUAUGAAAACAGACUUUGAAAAACUUCAGAAAGCAAAAGGUGGACUUAUAUCAUUUAACAAUUUCUUGUCCACGAGUAAAGAUAAAGAAGUGUCUCUCCGUUUUGCUCGAAAUGCUUCAGCAGAUCCAAACAAAGUGGGCAUUCUCUUUAUAAUGUCCAUUAAUCCUUGCUUGAAAUCAACACCAUUUGCCUCCAUCAAAGCGGUAAGUUAUUUUAAGGAAGAAGAAGAAAUUCUCUUCUCCAUGCACACCGUGUUUCGGGUGAAUGCAAUUAAACAAAUGGACAAAAAAGGUCAACUUUAUCAAGUUGAAUUACAAUUAACAUCGGAUGAUGAUCAACAACUACGAUCACUUACUGAUCGGAUACGAGAAGAAGCUGUUGGUGAUAACGGAUGGCAGAGAUUGGGUCAACUAUUGCUUACAAUUGGUCAAUUUAAUAAAGCAGAAGAACUUUAUAAUGUAUUACUUGAACAGACAUCUGAUGAGGGUGAAAAGCAACAUUACUAUAAUCAGUUGGGGUUUAUCCAUUUGAAUCAAGGUGAUUAUGAAAAGGCUAUUUGGUAUUUCCAACAAGGACUUGAAAUUCAACGAAAAACUCUUCCUUCAAAUCAUCCUUCUUUGGCUACUUCAUACAACAACAUCGGUAGUGUGUAUGACAAGAUGGGAGAGUACUCGAAAGCACUUUCAUAUUACGAAAAAGACCUUGAAAUUAAACAAAAAACUCUUCCUUUAAAUCAUCCUUCAUUGGCUAUUAUAUACAACAACAUCGGCAGUGUGUAUUACAAGACUGGAGAGUACUCAAAAGCACUUUCAUUUUAUGAAAAAGCACUUGAAAUUUGGCAAAAAACUCUUCCUUCAAAUCAUCCUAAUUUGGCUACUUCAUAUAACAACAUCGGUAAUGUGUAUAACAACAUGGGAGAGUACUCGAAAGCACUUUCUUAUUACGAAAAAGCACUUGAAAUUAAUCAAAAAAUUCUUCCUUCAAAUCAUCCUUCUUUGGCUACUUCAUACAACAACAUUGGUGUGGCUUAUGAAAAGAUGAGAGAGUACUCGAAAGCACUUUCAUCUCACGAAAAAGCACUUGAAAUUCGACAAAAAAUUCUUCCUUCAAAUCAUCCUUUGUUGGCUACUUCAUACAACAACAUCGGUAGUGUGUAUAACGAGAUGAAAGACUAUUCGAAAGCACUUUCAUAUUUUCAACGUGCUCUGGACAUAUGGCAACGUACAUUAUCUCCAACUCAUCCUAACAUAAAAGGUGUGGAAAAGAGUAUUGAAUUAGUAAAAGAAGAAAUUAUAAAGAAUAGUUGA